AUGAAGAGAUCAUUAAAUGAUUCCAAUUCUUCUGACUCUUCAACGCCUCCGCCAACUAAAUCUUCUAAACGAUUGAAAUUAGAAAAUGAAAUUUUCUCCACUUCAAUUCAAGACAUUGAAAAAAUGUUUAGUGAAGAAAUCACCACCACCACCACCACCACAACAACAACAACAACUACUACAGAUACAAGUGUAUCACCAGAAUUAUUAUUAUUUCCACCAAAUAAACAAUUAGCACCACCAGUAAGAAUUACCCGCAACACUACUUCUUAUAAUAGCCCAGAUUCUUGUCAAUAUCUUGACAAUAUAAUUCCAUCAACUUCAUUUAAUUAUGAUUGUAUAAAUAUGUCAUUUCUAGAACCAUCACCUAGUGGUAAUUUUAUACCCACCAUACGACCAAAUAAUACUAUUACAAAUAUGUAUCUCGAUAUAGACCAUGAUGAUUAUGACGACUAUGAUUACGAGUACGAUUAUAAACCUUUAAUUAAUCAAGAUUUGCUAAUGAUAGAUCAAUUAAUUUUAAAAAGUUCAAUAUAA